GUCAGCGAAGGGGGCGGGGGUGCGAGGCGAGCGGUCGGACCAGAGAGAGGCCGGUGGCUGCAGGCGGCCCCGGUGCUGAGGUGAGGUCCGGCCCGGCCCGAGGCAGGCGGGAGAGUGGGGCCGCGCUCGGCAGAGCGGCCGUACGGGGGAGCUUAUCUGUGGUGCAGCUACUACCUUUUCCUUCUAUUGGGAAUCUCCACUGUUCUGUGUGCUGUCAGAAGACACUACUAACUAAUAUAAGCACUUCAAGGGUCUGAAAAGUCCUGGAUCCUGAUAGGCUGUGAGGAGGCUUUCAUCAGUGAAGGCACUCUUUCACACAUUUGUGAGUGUAGUUUGGUUUGAAGUCAUGCAAGAGUUAAACUCAAGUGACUUCUUUUUAAACUUCAUACUUACUAUGGGCCUAUUCCUUGGUGAAGACAGGUGUCAUUAUCCUGCUUAAAGAAGUUUUAGUUGAAAAUACAGAUAAGUAUAUAUAAAGGUACUUGUCCUGCCUGCAGAACACUUUUCUCUACUGAUAAUGCAAUUCAAUGGAGGAAAGUAAUGUUUUGAUAAGCAUGCGUGAAGAUCAUUCCUUUCAUGUUCGCUACAGAAUGGAAGCUUCCUGUCUGGAGCUGGCCUUGGAAGGCGAGCGAUUGUGUAAAGCAGGAGAUUGUCAAGCUGGCGUGUCUUUCUUUGAAGCUGCAGUUCAGGUUGGAACAGAAGAUCUAAGAACUCUUAGUGCUAUUUACAGUCAGCUAGGCAAUGCUUAUUUCUAUCUGCAUGAAUAUGCAAAAGCCCUGGAAUACCACCACCAUGAUUUAACCCUUGCAAGGACCAUUGGAGACCAACUAGGUGAAGCUAAAGCUAGUGGUAAUUUGGGAAACACUUUAAAGGUGCUUGGGAAUUUUGAAGAUGCUAUUGUUUGUUGUCAGAGGCAUCUAGAUAUUUCCAGAGAGCUUAAUGACAAGGUUGGAGAAGCAAGAGCACUUUAUAAUCUUGGAAAUGUGUAUCACUCCAAAGGGAAAAAUGUAGCCUAUGCUGGGACUCAUGAUCCAGGGGAACUUCCAGAUGAAGUAAAGGCUGCAUUACAAAAAGCUGCAGAUUAUUAUGAGAAAAACUUGACAAUAGUGACAGAGUUGGGUGAUAGAGCAGCCCAGGGACGUGCGUAUGGAAAUCUGGGGAAUACACAUUACCUUCUAGGCAACUUCAGGAAUGCUGUUAUAGCCCAUGAACAGCGUCUCCUAAUUGCAAAAGAAUUUGGUGAUAGAGCUGCUGAAAGAAGAGCAUACAGCAAUCUUGGAAAUGCCUACAUAUUCCUGGGCGAAUUUGAAACAGCUUCUGAAUACUACAAAAAGACACUACAACUGGCUCGACAGCUUAAAGAUAGAGCUGUGGAAGCACAGGCUUGUUACAGUCUUGGAAAUACAUACACUUUGCUCCAAGACUAUGAAAAAGCAAUUGACUAUCAUCUGAAGCACCUUACAAUCGCUCAGGAACUGAAUGAUAGAAUUGGUGAAGGAAGAGCAUGCUGGAGUUUAGGAAAUGCAUACACAGCACUAGGAAAUCAUGACCAAGCUAUGCAUUUUGCAGAAAAGCAUUUAGAAAUUUCAAGAGAGGUAGGAGAUAGAAGCGGAGAAUUAACAGCUAGACUUAACCUCUCAGAUCUUCAAAUGGUGCUUGGUCUAAGCUACAGCACAAACAACUCCAUGAUGUCAGAAAUCCAUGCUGUAGAUAAUAGUUUGAAUGGUGCAAGAUCCAGAGUAGGCCGCCGUCACAGUAUGGAAAACAUGGAACUUAUGAAAUUAACACCUGAAAAGAUUCAGAACUGGAACAGUGACAUUCUUGCUAAACAGAAACCCUUGGUUGCCAAACCUUCAGCAAAGCUGCACUUUGUAAAUCGACUAAAAGGCAAAAAGUACAAAAAUGGCACAUCCUCCAAAGUUCUGCAGGAUGCUAGUAAUUCUAUUGAUCAUCGACUUCUAAGCUCUCAGAGGAAAAACAGUCCUGAUAUGACUGGAGAUGAAGGGUUCUUUGACUUGCUGAGCCGGUUUCAAAGCAACAGGAUGGAUGAUCAGAGAUGCUGUUUCCAGGAGAAGAGCAGAAUGACAGCUGCAGCAGCAUCCUCCACCCCACCUAAAACAAUGAGAAAAUCCUUUUCUACUUCCAUGGUCUCACCGCACACUGAUGAAUUUUUAGAUCUACUUGCAAGCUCACAGAGCCGCCGCCUAGAUGAUCAACGAGCCAGCUUUAGCAAUUUACCUGGGCUUCGUCUCAAUCAGCACAACAGUCAGUCAGUCCUUGGCCAUCUAAUGGCCAGCAACAACAGAGAAUCAGAUGAUGACUUCUUUGAUAUCUUAAUAAAAUGUCAAGGUUCCAGAUUAGAUGAUCAAAGAUGUGCUCCACCAUCAACUGCCACAAAAGGACCAACUGUACCUGAUGAAGAUUUCUUCAGCCUUAUUUUGAGAUCACAGGCCAAGAGAAUGGAUGAACAGAGAGUCCCUUUACCCUCCAGUAUAAAGAGAUCAAAUCCUACCGAAGACUUUUAGAAAGAGAAGCCUUGUUGCAAUUUCAACUACAGCACAAACAUUAGGGGGUCAGACUGUACUGUAAUUUUUAACAAAGAAUCUCUCACUUUGAAGGGAAAACGACAAUAUGCCUUUAAAGGAAAAAAGGGUUUUGUAGCACUAAUAGCAUUUGGAUAUUCAGUUCAAAGUGUAUUGUGUAAAUAGUUUUACUUUUUAAAAAUAGUCCUAGUAAACUAACAGUUGUACAUUCCUGUGAUCAGUAUUCUGCAAAAGGUACAGUCUACAGUUGCUACUACUGCUGGAGAUUAACUGUAUGUCAAAGCUGAAACAAGUCACUGAGUACUUUCUUUUAACUAUCUGAAGUGGAUAGCAUUGUGAUCAGUAAGAUGUAGUGUUUAAGGUACUGUGCUUCAUUGAUUAAAACGGUACAAGUUUAUGGCCAUUUAAAUUCACAGUAAUACAAAUUUCAUAGUUCUAUAUGUCCUGUUAAAAAAAACAAAAAACUCUUUCCCAUUUGUAUGUUUCCCUUUCCUGGAACAAUCAGGUGAAGUCCCUGGACUUUUUUAUACCAGUUUUGUUUUGUUUUAAAACCCACAAACUGAGGAAUAAAUUACCUCUCAGACUGCUUAGUUAUUCCUCUCGUGUGUGCAUGGAAGCUACUGAAAACCUAACUGGGACUGGAAAAGUCACUGUGCAGACUUGGGUCAGUAAAAGUCUUGUCUGAUGAGCUAUUCUGGUAUCUGAAUUCAGAAAAAAACAAUUUCCAGUUUAGGAGAUAGAGCAGAGAGUGUGUCCUAAACUAAACACCAAGAUUGCUGGCUUCUCAGAGCUUAAAUUGAACAUCUCACAUGUUGGCCACUUUUCUUAAAAAGCUACUUUAUUUAAAUUCAAAAAUAAGCUCUUGCUUUACAACCAGGCUUGGUUUACUUUGAGAUACAUACAUUUGCCUAGUUGUCCAUCACAAGACAUUUUUAUGAACAGCUUCAUAGGGGUAAUGUUGAUCCAUAAGGAAUAAAAAUCUGAAGGAUGAGAAUUCA